UCGCAUCUCUAUAUAGAACAGAACCUAUUUACUUUAUUUAUUUUUUCGAAUUUAAAAAAAAUGACAGACAAUCAUCCGACAUUGAAAUGUAUUCUGCCGAAAGAGAGUCUAGGCCGAGACUCUAGGUUAUCAUUACUUGACCUCUCUCGUUCAGAUCUAUUGAGCGGAAUCCAAAUCCGCUGCAGAUUUUUACUGACUUUAACGAAAUAUUCAGUUCCAAAUUCAUUUUGUUUGCGGGCAGUCGAAACAUUUAAAAUGGGCAGAAUAAAAUUUAACGGAGUGUUGUUACUGAUGAUCCUUCAAAUAUUUUUGGUGUCUACAACAAUUGGAGAUGAAAUGUAUGAAUCAGACCAAAAAACUGUAAAACCUUUGAUUGAUAUUAUUAGACAGGUCAGAAAUAAGUUAGAACAAAGUGAAACCAAGGAAAAGCAGAUAAGUGAAUUAAAUUCUGAUCUUAUGGAAAAAUAUCAUGAAAUUGUAAGAAUUCAUGAAACAUUUAUGAAGGAGGCAGCUCUAUUAAAUGAGUAUAAAAACAAAGUAAUCAAAGGAGAAAACGACUUGCAAUUGUGUCAAAAUAAUGUUGAUAAAUCUGAAUCUGAAAUUAAUUCACAACAAAAUAUUAUUCUUAAAUUAGAAGAACAACUAACAGAUAGAUCCACAUACUUAGAAAAUUGUCAAGUUCAACUAAAAUCUGUUAAUUCUAGAUUAAUUGAAAAAGAUGAAAAUAUAAAGAGAUUCAGUGAGAUUAUUAAAAAUAAAACAGAACAUCAGAAAACACUUGAAUUGAAAUUAGAGAAAAGUAAAUUUAUAAUAAUAAAGCAUGAAAAUGAUAUUCAGUUAUGUCGUUCAGAAAUCAACAAAUUAAAUAGGACAUCAGAGAACAUUAGAGAAGAACAGCAAAAGAUUCAAUUGAAAUUAAAAGAAAGUGAGACUAAGCUAAUAGAUAAAGUAAAAGAAAAUCAGUUAUGUCAAUCUGAACUUGAUAAAUCAAGUGCCACAACAUGUAUCCCUUUCGGAGAAUAUCCAGGAGUUAAUCAACUCAAUGUCUCUGGCAUAGGUUUAUUCAAUGUUUUGUGCGAUAGUCAGAUAGCUGGACCUGGAUGGAUUGUAAUACAACAACGAGUUGGGGAAAAAGAUAAUUUCAAUAAGGGUUGGGCAACGUAUCGCAAAGGUUUCGGUUCUUUUGAAGGUGAUUUCUUUCUUGGAUUAAGGAAAAUACAUCUUAUCACGAGCUUGCAGCGUUUCGAACUUUACAUACAUGUGGUUGAUGAGAAUGGAAAUACCUACAACGCUCUUUAUGACGACUUCAAAAUAUCUGAUGAAGAUAAUGGAUACGCACUGAGUUUGGGUAAAUUCAAUGGAACUUUUGUUGAGGAUGGCAUGAGAGACAGUGAAAACAUGAAAUUCUCAACAUUCGAUCGCGACAACGACAAAGAUGAUGAUGCUAAUUGCGCAGACUGGGAUGAAAGUGGCUGGUGGUACAAUUCUUGUUAUACUUGUAGUUUAAAUGCACCAUAUGGGCAACUUCUACGUUCGUGGGACAAUGGGGACAUUUUACUUAAAGAAGUUAAGAUGCUAAUUCGCCCCAAAGAAGUGAUAAACUGAAAAGCUGAAAUUCCCAUAUUUGACUCAAUUGUGUAAUCAUUUAUACAUGUUAUAAUUGGUGCAUUAAGAAAUUGCGUUCUGAAAAAUAAAA